AUGGAUUUAAUAAAGGUUGAUAAGAGAUGUUCGGAAAUUACUUAUGAAAUUCAGGUUAUAUUGCCUCAUUAUUUAGUAUAAUUAUACAUAGAUGUAUAUUGUUAUGGUGGUUUAGAUUAUGAUGACAAUCUUGCUAUUAUAAUAGAUUAAACCGAAAUUUGGCAAACAGAUACUUAAUUUCUUCCAUUGAGAUAUAAACCAUUAGGAGAAUCUCAUCAAUGCUCUUAAUAUGAUCAAACUAAAAAUUAUUAAAUACGCAAGACGGUUUAAAAGGAGAUUCCCCAUUUUACAUAAACUCUAAAAAUAUAAUUAAAAAGCACAAUAUCUGGAGAUUUCACUGACGAAUCUUAUCUAUUCAGAAAUUUAUAGAUAUUAUAUAAUUAAUGUUACAAGACUUGCAAAACUUGUAAGGAUGCAUAAAAAGAUGGAUGCAAUUCAUGCUAUGAUGACAUUACUAUAAUUUCUGGAACUUGCAUGUCUUGCUAAGACAAGAUUAAUUUGAAUUUUCUAUAAAUUUCAUAAGGAUGUGUUGUUUAAUGUCCAGAUGAAUAUGAUUAUGAUUUAGAUAAAGUAUGUUAUAAGAAUUAAAGUAUAAUUAUUGUUAUUUUAAUAGAAUUGAGAACUUAUGAUAAUUCACUUUAAACAAUAAGUUAAGAUGGAUAUUAGGUUUUUGGUUAUUUAGAUACAUCUACCAUAUUAUUGAGAAUAACAAUAACAAUAUAAUUAAUGGAUAAAAAUUAUGUAAAUGUUUUUAUAAACGGAGAGAAAAUUGCUUAGAUAAAUAAAUACGGAAUAAAAUCAGAACCAGGAUCAAAAUCAAAUAAUUUGAGAAGAUUAAAUAAUGAAAUUAUGGUAGAAAUUAAUAAACCAAUAAGUAAAGAUACUUUUAAUAUUGAAAUUGUGAAAUAUCAUCAUUAAUCUACUACUCCAAUUAUUAAGAUAUAAUAUUUAGUUUGUACAUUGAAUUGUUAAUUAUGUAAAAAUAAAAAUACUUGUUAAGUUUGUAAAGAUAAUUAUAAAUUAUAUAAUGGAUUAUGCUUUAAUAAUUGUCCAGAUUACACUGAAUAAUCAGGUCAAUUUUGUAUUAUUCUAUAGGAUAUUGUGAAUAAGAAUGAUGAUUAAUAGGAAGUAUUUUUAGUGAAAGAAUUUUAUGAUCUUUCAACUAGUAAACAAAGAAUAAAUGAAUUAUUUACAUUAGUUUGUUUAGAUAGCAGUAGAAAUAAUAAAUAUAAUUUUUAAAAAGGAAAUGAUAUUUACUUCUCAUAUUUUCAGAAUAAAAGAAUAUUUGGAGGACCAUAUGUUUGGGUAAAUGCUUAGUUUAAAUUUCAUCUAUUACUAGAGAACAUAAAAUAAAUUGUUUAUGUUAAAUUUGAAAUAAUUUUAGGUGAUGAAGAAAUGUCUAGAAUAUAAUUUCAUUAUACAAUUAAUUAACAAUCGAAGAAAACACACACAAUCAAUACUAAUUAAAAUUUAAAGUAAGAUUAAAAUUGGAAAGAUGAUUAUAAUACUGAAAUAAUAUUUGUAAGAGAAGAAAUUGAUUAUGAAAAUAGUUAAAAUUAAGAAUUAAACAUAUUAUUUGAAUGUGAUAAUAAUUAUGAUUAAGCUAAUUCAACAUUUUGUGGAAUCAAAAAUCUGUUUAUUACAGUUUUAAAACCUAUAUAAGAUUAUAUUGAAAUAUUUGAUUAAGAAGAUUAGAAUGAUAACCUAGAUAUAAGAGACUUAGAUUGGUUAUUUAAUAUAUAAAUAUGUGGUGAUGGAAUAACUUCUGUAGAUGAGGAUUGUGAUGAUGGAAAUCUGAUUCCAUUUGAUGGGUGUUUUAAUUGUAAAUAUUCAUGUGAAUAAUUAUGUUAAUUUUGUGUUAAAGGCGAAUGCUUAGAAAUGUUAGAAUUACAAUCAAGUUAAAAAUUACCAAGUCUUUAUAAUAUAUUUGAUAAAUCUCUAGAAUUAUAAUAAGAUUAAUUAAUAAAUUGUGAAAUUAUUGUAUAAGGAUUAUGUUUAUAAUGUAAGAAUGGAUAUUAUGUGAAUUCAAUUAAUAAUUUAUGUGAAACAAUUUGUGGAGAUUAAAUAAUUUAAGGACAAGAGUAAUGUGAUGAUGGUAACCUUGAUAAUUAUGAUGGUUGUUCAGAUUGUUAAUUAAUUUAGUAUGAGAAUUGUGAUAUAUAAUAAACAUGUGCAUUCUGUUAUUAAGGUAAAUGUCUAAAAUGUUAUGAUGGAUUUUCCUUAGAAAAUUAUAAAUGUAUAUCAAUUUGUGGAGAUGGAUUAAUUAAUAAAUAAGAAGAAGAAUGUGAUAAUCCAAUUGAAUAAGGAUGUAAUAAUUGUCAAAUCUAAAAAGGAUAUGUUUGUCAUGGUUAAACUUAUUCUAUUUGUAAGACUUGUGGAAUAUAUUGUAAAGAUUGUUUAAGUAUAAAUUCAUUGGAUCUUAUAUGUCUUGAUUGUAUGCCAGGAUUUUAUCCUAUCUUAGAUUAAUGUUUUUAAUGUGAUAAUAAUUGUAUAACUUGUAAAGGCUAAUCAAAUUUAUGUACAUCAUGUUACAGAAAUGAUUGUGAGUAAUGUGAAUCAAUUCCUGGUUAUUAUACUGAUUUCUAAAAUAAAAUUUGUAUUAACUUAUGUGGAGAUGGAAUUGUUGUUAAAGAACAAGAAAAUUGUGAUGAUGGAAAUUUAGAAAAUGGAGAUGGUUGUGACUCUGAAUGCAGAAUUGAAUUAUAAGAAAAUUUUAUUGAUAAACUAUAAAUUUGGCAAUUUAACUAAAAUGGUACUUAUGAUCUCUACCUUAAUGAUUCAGAAUAUAAUUUAAUAUUAAAUUGUGUAGAUCCUAAAAUUAUAAUUGAUGAUAUGUAAACAUAAGAUUUUUCAUAUAACAUUUAAGCUUAAAAUAAUACAUGCAACAUUCAAUUUAAAUUCUUUAAAUCUAUUUUUAAAUAUAAUACUAUUCAUGUGACUCUUACUGUUUCAUUUUAAACAAAUAGAUUACUUUUGGAGAAAAAUAUUUAAGAAAUACAAUUCAAUAUCCAUCCUUAAGAAUAAAUCAUAUUAGGCGAGAAUGAAAAAAAGUUGGGAGAAUAAAUAUAAAAUGCUUAAACAGCGUUUAAUUUUAUUUUUCUAACAUUGAUUCCUAUUUCAAUAAUAUUGAACGUUUAUGAUUAUUUGUGGGCAGUACUAGAAAUAUUAAGCUGGGUAAAUAAUUUUUAUUUUUUAAAUGUUCAUUAUCCGUUUAAUGUAGAAAUGUUCUUUUUAAAUUCUGAUUGGUCAUCUAUUAUUACUUUUCCUACAUAUUAAGGGUUGAAUUAACCUGAUUGUUCAUAUUACUUUUAAGCACCUUAGAAAUUUUAAAAUAAGGGAAUAGAUCCAUUAUUCUUUAAUAAUAUUUAGAUUCCAUUCAUUUUCAUUUUCAUUACUUUCAUCUUAUAUGCAAUUAAUUUCUUAUUAUUAUAUUUCUUUAAGGCAUUAAAUCAAUUAAAAAAAAUAAAACAAAUCAAAAUCAAUCAUAAACACUUUAGUAUUUUUAAUUUGUAAGCUAUUAAAAAAACUUAACAUAGUUUAGUUUUAUAGCAAUAAAAUGAGUAAAAAAUAUAAGUUAAUAAUAUAUUAAUAAAGAUAAUAAGUUUUUUUAUUAUUACGGAUAAUAAAUUGAAAAAUAAGUUAAAAUAAACUCUUUCAUUAUGUUUACUAGAUAUUACCCUAGCAAUUAUGUUAUAAAUUACUUUUUCAAAUAAUAAUUAAAAUAUCAUCGUUGGUUUAAAUUCAUUUUUUGCUAUAUUUUCUAUUAAUAUCAUUUUGUUUUAGCUUUAUCAAUAAUACAAAACACUAAACCUACAUAUAUUGCUUGCAGAAAAUAAAUAAUACAAAGAAUAAUUUGAAAUUUAUUAUGAAAAUAUUAAUACCAAAGAAUAAUUUGGGUAUUAUUUUAAGUUUUUUGGAUUGAUUAGAAAGAUUUUAUACAUCUUUUUUAUGGUCUAUUAUUAUUAUACACCUAUUGUUUAAACAUCAUUAUGUUUUAUUUCUACUUCAAUUGGAGUAAUGUUUAUUCUAUAUUAAAAUCCAUAUAAUACAAAAAAGGAAUUUUAUUCUUAGCUUAUUUCAGAAUUAAGUUUAAGUUUAAUCUUAUUAAUUACAGUGUUAUUUUCAAUAAAUGAUACAAAAUAGAUAAUUUUUAUACAGGAAAAUACUGUAAACUUAGGUUGGGCUGUUAUAUCAUUUGUUCUAUUAGCAAUCUUUGUUUAAGUAUUUGGAUUAACUUAUGGAUUGAUUACAAAUAUCUACUAAAUAAUUUUGAAAAUUAAAAAUUAUAUCUACAGUUUAAACAAUAAUAAAAUUGAAUAAGAUAAUUAAAUCCAUGGCCUUGAAGAUAUCUAAAAUAAAUCAAAUUUAAAUUAAAUCGAUGAAAAUUAAAUAAAAGAAUAGAAAAUAAUAAGAAUAAAAGAAAACUAAUUAUAAAUAAUUGAUUUAUGA